CUCCCUCCCUCUAUUUCUCUCCUCUGCUUGGCUCCACUACUGAAUGUGCCAUAGGCAGGUACAGGCUGCAGAGGGAAAGUUGGCCCCAUCUAUAGCCCGUCUGGUCAGUCCGGUACAGCUGGCAUCCCUCUCUCAGUGCCAUCCCUCUCAGUGCCAUCCCUCCCUCAGUGCCCGGACUGUGUAUGUGCCAGUCCCGUACCUCCCUGCCGAUCCCUGGGCUGCUCCGGAUCUGCUUACGAACCGAACCUGCUCCGGCGACCAGAGCCCUGACCGCGUCGAUUUCAUGGAGAGGAUGGAGCGAUCUGGACACAAUUAGCUCUGGGCUAAUUUUCAACUUACUUUGGUGCUGCCUGCCGCGACAGUCGCUCUUUCACCUUGCAAAGGAAGAUAAAAGCCAUUAGCAAAUGUGACCUGUAUUUCCUACUUACAACUGGUGCCACGGAAGCAAAACGAUCACAUGCAAAAUAUGGAUGGUUUAAUUGAACAGAACAAUGUGCUUCUGCAUAAUAAAAUCACAGAGGCUGGGAAAAAGAAUGGCCUAAUCAACACCAGAAAUUUAAUGGCCGAGAACAAAGAUGGGAUGGUAUCUGUUUACCCGACCCCUCAAUACCAGAGCCAUAUUGUUGGAAGUAUUUCACCCCAGAUCGGAAUAGACAACAUUAAAAAUGAACCCGUUCAGCAACUCUUGGAUCCAAACAUGCUUCAAAAGACUGUGGAGUCCCACUACCGGCCAAAUAUUAUUCUGUACUCGGAGAACGUCUUGCGCUCGUGGGGGGAGAACGUCAGCAGUGAGUGCUGUGAAACCACAUUUAUAGAAGACAGAUCGCCCACCAAAGACAGCCUUGAUUAUCCAGAUAGCAAGUUCAUAGACCUUUCGUCUGAAGAUAUCAAAAUUCAUACUCUCUCGUAUGAUGUUGAAGAAGAGGAAGACUUCCAGGAGUUGGAGAGCGACUAUUCAAGUGACACAGAAAGCGAAGACAACUUCUUAAUGAUGCCACCAAGGGACCAUCUUGGCCUGAGCGUAUUUUCUAUGCUGUGCUGUUUCUGGCCUUUGGGUAUUGCAGCAUUUUAUCUGUCACAUGAGACUAAUAAAGCGGUGGCCAAAGGUGACUUUCAUCAAGCCAGUUCCAGUUCCAGACGGGCCCUCUUCCUAGCCGUACUGUCUAUCACCAUUGGAACAGGGAUAUAUGUUGGCGUGGCUGUUGCCCUUAUAGCAUACCUUUCAAAAAACAACCAUUUAUGAACCUCAAAAGGUCUAUGACUAAUACCAAAACGCACUUCACAAAUGUGCAGAAGGACACCACACUGAAGAUGUCGAUCAAAAACAUUCGAGUCAAGCAGAUAUUUUUCAAGGAAUAACUGAAAUCUAUAUUUCUCUGUACAUAUUAAAUUUCAUGAAGUUUUCUGUUCAUAUUUGAAUGUACUUUUCCAGCAUUUUGUAUGUAUAUGCUUUGGCAUUGUGCUACACAGGCAAGCAAAAAAUGAAAAAAACUUUGACUUUCUUUUUCUAAAGAUCAACUUGUGCCAUCUUCAUGUAGCCACGGUGUUGCCAUACUGUUUGGUAGCCUUACACAGCAAUUAGAUGCUUUGUGUUGUGUAGAGGUUCCUCAUGAAUUAUAAUGCCAUUGAAAAACCAUUCUGACACUCCAGGGGUUCAUAUAUAUCCCAUGUACAACUUCUCACACCAGCAUUUCAGCCCUGUGAAUCAUAAAAACUGGAAUACAGCAAUACAUAAGCAGUUUAAGCCACGAUUCAUUCUCAUGAGAUGAUAAAAUCAAUUUAAACUAGUGCCCCAGGCAGAGAGUAAUGGAACAAGUUUUCAUUUCAUAAAUUAGCAUGGGGGGGUUUUCUGACCUUAUGCGUCUUUUCAGCUGCCUUAGCUCUCAUGGUAUUGAAUUUGUUCCAUCCGCUAUAAAAUCAGGAAAAUAAAAGCAUGUCCAAAUAAAUGGAGCUGUUGUAGUGCUACUGUAUUGUUUGGUACAGAACAGAUAGAAAGAACUGCCCAUAAUCAUUAGCGAUAUGGCCAUAAAUGACUCAAAGUGUACGGCAUGAUUAUUAUGCCACUAACCAUUAUUAUUGUUUCAGUCAUAUGUACUGUUAUAUAUUGUAAUUAAUGUUUAUUGCACAAUGCUUCCUGGUCAUUUCCUUUAUAUUCGCUAAAUAAAGGUUGUAAAGGAUGCAUGAUAA